AUGGUUCUGUGCAAAAGGAAAUCUAUUUCAUUGCCAAAUCCACCACCUUUACCAUCAAAUUUGGAUGUCAACGUAUGGCACAUUCCCGAAACUGGUGAAUGGUUUCUGAAAUAUAAAGACUAUUUGGAGAGAAUGUAUUUUUAUAGUAAGCAUAAUUUUUCAUGUGAAAUUACAGGUGCAUCAUGUUUGACAUUUUUUGAGGCAUUAGACAGUGAGGAAACUGAAUUUAAGUAUGUUGAAGAAAAAUUCCCAAUCAAACUAAGGGAACCAAUUGCGAAGUUUUUACAUUUUAAUCCAAUUAAGAGAAUGGAUUCUCUCGUGGAAGCAGUUUAUGCAAAAUUUAAAAGUGAUUUUUUUCCAGGUGAAAUUGUAUACUUGAGGAAACACAGAACUACUGGCGCAUCGUCCACCGGAUCUUCUUCUACUCCACAAUAUGAUGACACUACAUCCGAACAAAAUCAGCAACAAUUAAAUAACCAGAAAGUAUACAUUAUUAAGGAAAAAGCAGAAUUCAAUGCUACCGUAGAUCCGAGAACAUCUGUAGUAUUAUCUCCAGCAUACACAAAAUAUAUGUUGGUUGAGUACGUUCACAACCUAUAUGAUUCACAACAUAAUGUCCAUUCAUUUAUUGCUGAUCAAUCACAAAUUUAUAGAGGUCGCACAACUUUCACAAAACAUUUAAUAAAAUGUUUUUGUAAGAUCACAUUAGUGCGAGCUUCAACCAAAAUGGGUGCACCUUGGUGCGUAAAAGAUGAAUAUAUUCCAAUUUAUGGGUUAUCGACUGAAUGGCCACAAAACAUGUUGAUAUAUAAAGAGGGCCCUGAUGUAAUGGGAAAAAAACGUUCUCAUGAUGAUCAAGUACCGGAGGAGAAUAAAAAGGAACCUGAAGUGAUAAUUAUAGAUGAUGAUGGUGAAGAUCUUACUGGAAUCGAUGGAAAUCAACAUCAGAAUAUCAAAACUGAUAAGCAACUCACUGUUGAAGGCGAUAACCAAAAUAAGAACAAGAAGAAAAGAAAAACCGACUUUGUGGAACAAGAGACUGUAAUCAAGCAAAAUGGAGUAACUCCUAUAUCAAAUACGAUUGUAAAUGACUUCGAACUUCCAUACACAAGCAUUCCAGGUUUUUUUAAGAACUUAAUGUAUUACAAUGAAAAUUUAGAACUAUCAACAGAUUUUAGUAUAGGUUUUAAGGAAUUUAAAAACUUUGAAAAAUUUCUGAUAGCCUUUCAGUUCAUCAACACAUUCAAUGACAAGUUGCUAAUUACUAAUUUUAGUUUCGAACAAUUUAUCACAACUUUUAAAUGCACUGAUAGUCAGGAAUUAAAGGGUGAAGCAGUUUUUGUCGAUAUUAUAGAGAAAUCAAAUGAUGAUCAUUUGAAAAUAAUACCAAACAGUCGUAAAGAUAAGAAUGAAUUAAAUGAUGAAAAACAGUUUAGUGAGAGUGAUAUAAAUGAUUCUUCAGAAGAAGUUGAAAUUAAUCAAGUUGAUGACGAUACUGAAGUAAGUGAUUGGAAAAGAAAUGCUACUAUUAGAAAUUUAAUUAACGAAAAAACAACAGACAAAGUAAAAUACACUAUUGUUAAAGAUAAUCCUGCAUCAGAUGAUAUAAUAGAUAAAGUGAACAAUAAUGGUACGGCCUUAUUGAUUGAAUGUUUUGUAGCAAUCUUGAGGUUAUUCAUAGAUGAAAAUGGGGAUUGGAAAAUAAUUGUUUUAGAGGAAUGGAUAGAAGAUAACUCUAAUAGUACAGUAAUGCAAACAGAUGAACAUAAUUUAGAAACAAAAACUGAUGUUCAGAAGCUUAAGGAAGAAGAAGGGGAAGAUGGAGAUGAAGAUGGAGAUGAAGACGGAGAUGAAGAUGAAGAUAAUGAUGAGGGAAGUACGUUAGAUAAAUUCCUUAAUUAUCGUAAUUUAAAUUGGGCAGAAAGAUUAAGUAAGAGACAAUUUAAUAAUCAUCUUUGGUUGUUGAGUUUAUUUGGUAUACUACAAGAUAGUUCCAACAUUCCUGCAUAUAAGGAUAUUUAUCAAAAUUUUAAAGAUAAGGUUCUUCCAACAGAAGCCUCUUCUACGCAGAUUCCUAAAUUAUUAUGGAGGAAUUUUUGUACAAAAUUGACCAUGGAUGAAAAGGUUGACCUUUUAUGGGCACUUGUCGAUAUCGUUUCUAACUUCUCUCCCGAUAUUAAGCAUGCAAUUGAAGAAAACAUGGAGUUUUGUAACCAUAUCCGUAGUGAAAAGUUUAAAGUUUCUAGAGAAUUGAAAUCAGAACAACAUAAUUUACUCGUGUUACAAAAUCAAAUGAAUGUUAUAUCGGAAAAGAUUGCUAAUAAUGAGUCUAAUCUAAAGGAAGAAGAAACCAUUAGUUGGGAGAAUAAAUUACUUGAUCAGAUAAAACUAGUUGAUUUACUUUCUGAAAAUAAGUUAUAUUUGGAAAAGCAAUUGUUAUUUAAUGAUUAUCAAAGAUUGAGAUUUUUAGGUUCAGAUAGGUAUUGUAAUUCUUAUUAUUGGUUAGAAUUAAACGGAAUAGCUUUCAAUACUACUUCUAAGGCAGAAGAUGGAGACAAAAAUGUGACGAUAACAGAAAACGAAAGUACUACUUACCAUUGCGGUAAAAUUUUAGUACGUGGUCCAUCUGACGAUGAAUUACAAUUGUGUUUAGGUCUAACUGUUAGCGAAAUAGAACGUUGGAACUCACACGCAUUAUCUUUGGGUAGCGCUGCAGCUACUUUCGAAGUAUUCAAAAUAAGGAAAGAAUCCGAUAAUAGAUAUGUUCAUGUUGAUGGCGAUACGAAAACAGAAAUUUUGAGUAAAGAAGGUGUUGUUAAUGACUUAAUCGAAUUAAACCCAAUCCAAAGAAAAAUUGUGGAUGAAUCUCCUGAGAAAAUGCUAAUGCAUGAAUCACAAUGGUACUGCAUUGAUAAAAUAGAGGAUGUGCACUCAUUAGUAAAUUGGUUAGAUAUUAGGGGUCACAACGAGAAUAAUUUCCUUAACGUUAUUAAACCCCUCCUACCAUUUAUUGAAGAAAGUUUCGAAAUGAGAGAACAUUCAUCUCUUGCCACUAUUGUCAAGUCAGAAGAAGAACAGCUUCUGUCCCAGUUGCAAGCAAAUGAACUAUCUGAAGAGGAAUUGAAUUUAGAUUUUGAACUGAACUUAGAAAUUAACGGCGACAUUCAGAAUAAUGAUACUACUGCAGAAGAAAAUGAGUUAGACAAGGUAGUUGAUACUAUACUUACUUUGGAAGAUAAAGUUAAAACGGAAAAAGUACUCGAAGAAAUAGCACAGUUGGAAAACAGAAAAGAUAGCUUAAUGAAAAGCAUUCAAAAUAAAUCGAAUGCUUUGACACCAGGUAUAAGAACUCACAAAAGAGCAGAUAGAAAACGUAUUAGAGCUUCUCGUGCGACCAAAAUUAAGAAACAAUCUGAGCUGUUAACGGAUUUGAUUAAUUUGCCUCACUUUAAAGCAAUGGAAGAUGUUAUUAAAUGGAAAAAUUCCCUAGCCAUUAAGAAAUGUGGUGCUCAGUUGAGAAAAAACACUACAUUCAAUAAAAGUACAGAAGCAGAGGACACUGUAGCGCAACGUCUCCAAAAAUUACUAAUGAACGUUCCAAAUAACUCUAGCAUUUCCAUUGAACCAAGCACUGCAUAG